GGUUCCUACUGCGGCUGGGCACCGGCUCGGCUCCCGCGUCGGCCCGAGCUCCAGCUGCGCCCGGCCUGACAGCGGCCCGGCUCGGCCUGGCCCUGGCCUGCGAGGGAAGGCGCCGCUGCCGCUAGGCCACUUCCAGGGCCAUGAGGAGGCGGCGGCAGCCACUGCGGCCCGCGUCAAGGUGACCGGCCGGGACUGCGGCGGCGGCCGCCAGAGAGGCGGACUUCUCUAGGCAGGUUAUGUCACCGGCAGAGGCUGCCCUGGAGCUCCCUGUGGCCUGGAGACUAUGUACAAGAGGAAUGGUCUGAUGGCUAGCGUGUUGGUCACCUCUGCCACCCCACAGGGCAGCAGCAGCUCAGACUCUCUGGAGGGCCAGAGCUGCGACUAUGCCAGCAAGAGCUAUGAUGCCGUUGUCUUCGAUGUCUUGAAAGUGACUCCCGAGGAGUUUGCCAGCCAGAUCACACUAAUGGAUAUCCCUGUGUUUAAAGCCAUCCAGCCGGAGGAACUAGCCAGCUGUGGAUGGAGUAAGAAGGAGAAACAUAGUCUCGCCCCCAACGUCGUGGCCUUUACCCGGAGGUUUAACCAGGUCAGUUUUUGGGUUGUACGAGAAAUUCUAACAGCACAGACUUUAAAAAUAAGGGCAGAAAUCCUGAGCCAUUUUGUGAAAAUAGCCAAGAAACUUCUAGAACUCAACAACCUUCAUUCUCUCAUGUCUGUGGUGUCAGCAUUACAAAGUGCUCCCAUCUUCAGGCUGACAAAGACCUGGGCUCUUUUGAAUCGAAAAGACAAGACCACCUUUGAGAAACUGGACUACCUGAUGUCCAAAGAAGAUAAUUAUAAGCGGACUCGGGAAUAUAUCCGAAGCCUGAAGAUGGUACCCAGUAUUCCCUAUCUAGGGAUCUAUCUUCUGGACUUAAUCUACAUUGAUUCUGCAUAUCCUGCCUCAGGCAGUAUUAUGGAAAACGAACAAAGGUCCAAUCAGAUGAACAAUAUUCUCCGAAUAAUUGCUGAUUUACAAGUUUCCUGCAGCUACGAUCACCUCACCACUCUGCCCCAUGUGCAGAAGUACUUGAAAUCCGUACGCUACAUUGAGGAGCUCCAGAAGUUUGUGGAAGAUGACAACUACAAACUGUCGCUCAGAAUAGAACCAGGAAGCAGCUCUCCAAGACUAGUCUCUUCCAAGGAAGAUCUUGCAGGCCCUUCCGCGGGCUCCAGCUCAGCGCGCUUCCGCCGGAGACCCACCUGCCCUGACGCGUCUGUGGCCGGCAGCCUCCCCACACCACCGGUCCCCCGACACAGGAAGAGUCACAGCCUGGGCAACAAUAUGAUGUGUCAGUUGAGUGUAGUUGAGAGUAAAAGUGCGACAUUCCCAUCGGAGAAGGCCAGGCACCUUCUGGACGACAGUGUCCUAGAGUCCCGCAGUCCCCGCAGGGGCCUCGCCCUCACCUCCUCCACCGUCACCAAUGGACUCUCCCUAGGCAGUAGUGAGAGCUCAGAGUUUAGUGAAGAGAUGUCUUCAGGGCUGGAAAGCAGGGGACGUCUCUAUGCCACCCUAGGGCCCAACUGGCGGGUUCCAGUUCGGAAUUCUCCCAGAACCCGGAGCUGUGCUUACAGCCCCACCAGCCCGUGCACCUGUACCCUGGGAAGCUCAGCAGCCGUGCCCACCAUGGAGGGGCCUCUGAGAAGGAAAACCCUGCUCAAGGAAGGACGGAAGCCCGCACUGUCCUCCUGGACCAGGUACUGGGUCAUACUCUCAGGAUCCACCCUCCUGUAUUACGGAGCCAAGUCCUUGAGGGGCACAGACAGAAAACAUUAUAAAUCCACACCUGGCAAAAAGGUCUCCAUCGUGGGCUGGAUGGUGCAGCUGCCUGAUGACCCUGAGCACCCGGAUAUCUUCCAGCUGAACAACCCUGACAAAGGCAAUGUUUACAAGUUUCAGACUGGCUCCCGGUUCCAUGCGAUACUGUGGCACAAGCAUUUGGAUGAUGCAUGUAAAAGCAACAGGCCUCAGGUACCUGCAAACCUUAUGUCGUUUGAAUAAGUCUCUGCAGGACUUGGCGUGACUGAAAAGGCUUCUAGGAGCCCAGGCUGGGCCUGGUGGAGAAGAGCAGCCCUGGACACAGACUGUGAGCCAGGAUACUGGGAGCCUUGCAGCCAGACUCGGGACGUGGCCUUCAGCCUCACAGUCCCAGAGGGCUCCCCAGUGCAGGAUCCACCUGUCAGCUCCCAGUGACUCUCACGGCUCAUUCUGCAGCACCACCUCGCAGGGCAGUGGUCAGACCCCAGACUGCACACCCCGCCCCUCUCUGGGCCUCGUCUGUUCACCAGCUGCUUCUGCGACUAGAGAGCAUUUGGCCCACGUUGGGUUCUCCGUCCUUCCUGCUGCACACAGACUGGACAGCAUUUACCUGCAAGUGGGGACAGACAGCAGGGACAGGCUGUGGGACAGGCCUGUUACACCCCAAGUGCAUGGGGCCGCUCGCCCACUGGGCUGCCUCAGAUUUUGUACAACCCCCGAAGCGUCCUCUCCGUGUGUGUGCUGUACAUGUGUGCGUGCGAGCGAGUGUGAAAUCUCCGAGAAACAUGCAUUUUGGCACAAGACUUGUGACAUCACACACUUCAUUUGCUUUGAGGCCCUGCUUGACCCUUCAGUGAUAGCCUUGUCCACCAAGAAAGGUCAGAGUGGGAGCCCAGAUGCCCCUGUGUUAAGGGUCCCUUGUGUUCUUUUACUGUAAACAAACAAUGCCUUAAAUCGUGUCUUGUUUUCUGUUCCUAUGGGUGCUAUUCAUCUGGAAGGCCUGCUCGCUGGGCCCUGGGGCCCUUCCAGGCCUUGUUGCUGUCAGCCCUGCUGAGGCAGGACCUGGUUCUGGACUACAGACUGGGCCGCUGGCCUGCUUGCUUCCUCCAUACCCGCUCCUGGCAGAGCUGGGGCGCUUCUCAUUGCACCUGCUCCCACCAUGCCCACGCGAGAAGUUGUGGCAUUCUCUCGGCAUCCUCAGAGCAGCUUGGAAGCUACCAUGCUCACAGUGAUCAGCCACACAGAAAUCACUUUAUACCAACCUCGCUCUGUGGGGCAGACUUCUGCUUCCCUCUGCCAUCUCAUCCCGUUGCCUCCACCACCAGGGCGGGCCCACUGGGGUUCCUGAUCGUGCUGGGAGCUGAGCAACACUGAGGCCUUAUGCUCCCCCAGUCUUGCCUCCAAAUGCAGUCACCAGCAAGUUCUCCAAGUCCAAGGGCAUAACUGUUGAUGACCAAGUGACAAGAAAGCCAAGCCCUGGGGAGUGAACAUCCAACCUCUGCAUUUGUUGUAAAAGCUCUUCCCAUGAACAAUGACUUUUAUUUGUCAUCCUCUGUCGUACUUUAAAGGGACUUUUACUUUGCACAUAUACAUUUUUAUAGAAAAUAAAUUGCUCUUUAUCAUCAUAGCCUGCCUCUGCCACUUUCCACCCCAUUUUAUUUGGAUGUCCUAAUCCUGAGAAGGAAACCCUUACACCAUUUUAUGAAAGAGAUGGAAUUUCUGGGUCUUUGUUCCUUUUUUGGUUUCAGAACUUACAAUUACCAAGAUUCAAACUACCCUGAAGAGUUUUUUGGUAAGAAGCUUCAAAACACCAUAACUAGUAAACUGUAAGAGCUCAAUUGAAAAACUACCAAAAGACCCAUCACUGUAUUUUGAUCAAAUGGUGACAGCUCCUCUGAAAUUUAAAUGAAUUGGUGACAAAAAAUAGUUGUCAUCAGGGUGGUGCUUUGUGGUUGAGCCUCACAGUGCUCAGAAGCUAACCCUCUUUCGGAGCAAAGACUAGACACUUUCAUGCCAAGAGAAACUCCAGAAGGGAAAGUUAACGCCGUCAAACCUUGACCACAGCUGCCUUGUGCACCCACCUGUACCAGGGGUCCACAUGUGUGCACUUGAGUCUACCAACGACUUCCAAUUGACAUCCGAGGCUGAGUGACAGCGCCAAACCCUGCAGACACCUCUGGCCAGAACUGUGCAGUGGUCAUGCUAUAGCCAAAGUGAAGCCUGACCCUCCCUGUUAACAUCUAGAUAGUCUUACGCUUGGGUGAAAGCAUGAGACUGGAAUAUCAGCUACUUCUUUUCUUUGGGUUUCUCUACUCCUCUAAUCCUAUCCUGGUUUUUCACAUAUGAAAUACAGAUGCCAAUCCAAAACCCCCAGAAUUCCAGGCUCCACUAAACCAGAUAAUGUUCUUUCCUUUCCAUGUUUUUCUUACCCUCCACAAACAUUUUCUUCUGAGCCUAAUUUGAAAGAGCACAGUCACAAUUCUUUUCAAAGUGUUUAGUCUUUCCACUAGUAAAGACGGAUCCCACACCCCCUUGCAGAAACAUUCUUACCUUGGACUCUUGAAGAAUCUGUUUGGACUUCGUUGGCAAGAGCCUUGUAGAACUGUAAGAGCCCUGAACACCUGAGAAGAGUCCUGGAGAUGAAGCUGAAAGAUAACUGACUCUCCAAGCAGGGGCUCAGGCCAACCCUGUGACUUCAGUGCUUACGUCUUCCCAGUGCUGGCUUGUCCUGCAAGCUGCAGGUGAGGAGGCCUGCGAGCCGAGAACAGAGGCCCAGGCACAGAUCACAGAGCGGGGAGGUCCCAGGGUAGACUCUCACCUUGGAGGAAAGUGUUUCUGUCUUUUGCUCCUUGACUGUUCCGAAGGUACUGUGUCUUGCGUGUAUAUACUGUCAUUUUUCUCCCAGCAAACAGAUUGUGACACCCCAAAAGAAGAGCUGUAGAAUGCUGUCUGCAAACUGGAUUAGGUAGCUGGCAGUAUUAAGUGUCCCAAGAAGAGCCCGUUCACUAACAUUGCCCUGAGAGUACUUUACACCUCUCUUAGCUGGACAUAUUUUGUAACCCAAUAUCAGCAAACUACACCCUGGGAAUUGAAAUAUUUUGUAGAGGACGGAUUUGGUGGAGAGCCAUAGUUGUUCUGAAUGCAUCCGAGGACAGCACAGCAGCCUUCCCUCUUCUGACCGGAUACCCUUUCAAGCACCCAGUCAGAUGGAGGUGCUGAAGAGGUGGACCCUUGUAGGACUCGUUUAGGAAAGAACCUACCUUGACUGCCAACUGAUUUCUAAAGCAUUUCCUUUUCUUACCAGGAUGCCCAGUAUUUCUUUCAUCGUGUGACUCCCUCCUCCCAAAUCCAAAAAGAUGUGUCAUUGAGGAUGCUGUUUUCAGAUAAAAAGUGGUCUGUGAAGAUGGGAAACCAUCUGCAAGCCAAGCCUGCUUUAUUAAAGCUCAGGUGGGGUCCAGAGCUCUGCACCCACACUGCUGAUGCUCACGGCCACCAGGUGAACAAUGCCAAAAACACAGCCUCACUUUUGUGAUGCCAUAAAUGACUUUAAUCAGCCCCACAUCACAUUGGCAUAUUGGGCAAUUUCAUGUUUAAGAAGGAGUCCCUUUGAAAUAAGUUCUUUGAGAAAAUGCCCAUUCGUUCAUUCAUUUCUUCACUCUAAUUUGUAGUGAGUGCUUCCCAUGUGCCAGGCUGUAACCAGGAUAUGAACAGUUGAAAAGAAGAGAGAACCAAUCUCUGCGCCUGUGGAGCUGAUGGCUUAAUGAACAAAUAAUCCCCACCCACCCACCCCUGUAUCUCCCUGAGCAAGACCCUGCCGCUCCCCUAGGCCUGGGUACAACUCCUGUGCACAGAUUCUCCCCGAAAGACUUUGAAAGGCCCACAUGACUGAACAGCUUUGCUGUUAAGUGCAGUUGCAGUAGGACUAACUGCUGUCCGUGUACUAGAGGCUGGCGGCUCAGCAGAGCCAGGCGCAGAACUGUGGUUGAAUAUAUGUAGGACCCCAAAGAGGGACUGAGAGAGUAGGGUCAGAAUGUUCACAGUGUUUGCUUCAUACGCUUCUGUCUUCAACUUCAGUGUUAAAUUCAAGUAUAGCAUGAGUGACAGCUGCAUCGUCCUGGGUGUUGAGAACUUGUACCGCGGACAUUAGUCCACCUCAUAGCCCACUGCCACACCAGUGUGUUCAACCCAUGGGCAACCCGGAAAUCCCUGCUAGCCCCAGCAACGCGACAGAUCACCUGUCCAUUUUACAACCAUCAAUCUCUAUCCAUUUCUGGAUGACUGUGACCAUUCAGUAAUGAAAUAAUCGUAAUUAAUUUAUUAAUAUGGUAAAACCUUUAAUAAAUUUUGUGCCAAAAUGCAUGGUUUUCCACUAAGCAUUCAAAAUGUUGCAUAGAGAGUAGUUUUCAAUUUCUUAUGUAAUCUUCCAAGUAAGUUGAAAAUCAAUUUCUACAUUUUAGUUGGGUUCUUGUUAAAUCUGUUGCAUUCUCCUGGGCUGUCUUUUUUUCCAGCAGACCCUGCAUGCAGUUGUGAAGGACUUUCUCUAAUACUUGUGAAUUGUCUCUCCUCAGUAACCACUGAACAUCAGCCCUCUGUGGGAUUCUUUAGAUUUUUGGUGAAGUAUUUUGUUACCUCAGUCUUGUAUCAAGUUGCUGUAUUUUUCAGCUUAUUACACUGAUAAUAAUUGUUUCACUAAUUAAAUACUUUAAUGUACAGACAUCUUUGUUUACUUUGAAAUUAAAUGUGUUUUCCAAUGA